GCCGUUUCUAUUCAAUUCGAAACCGAAAAGUAACGUCCCAUAAAAGUGCCUCUUUCAUUAAUUUUAUAACUAAAACUUAAGCGAAAAACUCAAUUAAAAGAUGUCCAAAGAAGAGGACAAUCAUAUCCCGUCGGUUAUCUACGAUCCCACCAAGAAAUUAAACUAUACCAAGGGACGUUUUUUCGGCAAGGGUGGUUUCGCAAGAUGCUACGAAAUAAUCAACACAAAAAACAUGGUACCCUACGCAGGGAAAAUCGUUUCGAAAAAACUAAUGGCCAAACAAAACCAAAAGGAGAAGAUGUUACAAGAAGUACAAAUACACUCUACAUUGCACCACAAAAACGUGGUGGGCUUCCACAGUUUCUUCGAGGACGACCUAAACAUUUACAUAGUCCUCGAGCUGUGCAAACGUAGAUCCAUGAUGGAGUUGCAUAAGAGGCGAAAGACUUUAACCGAACCGGAAACCCGUUUUUAUAUGGCCCAAAUCGUCGAAGGAGUCCAAUAUUUGCACAAACACCGGAUAAUACACAGAGAUUUGAAGUUGGGCAAUUUGUUUUUGAACGACGUAUUGCAGGUGAAAAUCGGCGAUUUCGGCCUGGCCGCCAGGAUCGAAUUCGAAGGGGAGCGAAAAAAAACGCUGUGCGGCACCCCCAACUAUAUCGCCCCCGAAAUUUUGAACAAAAAAGGCCACUCGUUCGAAGUGGACAUUUGGUCGGUGGGAUGCAUCAUGUACACGUUGCUGAUCGGCAAACCACCGUUCGAAACUUCCUCCUUGAAGGAGACCUAUGCCAGAAUCAGAAGGUGCGACUACAAAAUCAGCCAGCAAGUUUCCCCGUAUGCCAAAAACAUGAUUAUGAUUAUGCUGCAGUCUGAUCCUUCGAAACGGCCUAGUAUCAACUAUUUGAGCAAACACGAAUUUUUCACCAAAGGUUAUUGUCCGCCGUCUUUGCCGGUGAGCUGUUUGACCAUGGCUCCUAGAUUUGAUGCUGAACGUUCUGUUAACAUGGCCAACAGUCCACGAAGGGGCGCACUUUUGGAAAUUCCUGAUGCCAACUGCAUGCAACUAGGUUCUCCCAGAUGUCCCACCACGAGGCAUGAUUCCUUUGCAGCCGGCUUAGCCGGAACCCAUUUCGGUUUUGAUGCCCAAGAAAGCUUGACUACCCUGAAGCAUUUGCUACUUAAGGUUCUUAAAGCUCAACCAGUUUUGCUAAAAGAAGUAUCAGACGAAAUGACGGAUCCAGCCGCCCAACCAACCGUCUGGGUAUCAAAAUGGGUCGAUUACUCCGAUAAGUACGGCUUCGGCUAUCAACUUUCAGAUGAAAGCGUCGGCGUUAUGUUCAACGACACCACUAGACUGAUUAUGUUAGCUAACGGACUGAAUGUCCAGUACGUGGAUAGAAAAGGCGACGAGGCCUACAUGACUGUACAAAUUUACCCACAAGCGCACGACAAAAAAAUGAAGUUGCUGUCGUACUUUAGCCGAUACAUGAGCGAGCAUCUGAUCAAAACUGGCGCUAGCGUCGCCAAGGAAGCCGAUACUGUGUCCAGAACGCCACAUUUGCACCAGUGGUGCCGCUCAACUUCCGGUGUAAUGAUGCAACUUAAUAGCGGGAUUUUGCAGAUUAAUUUCGGAGAUCAUACAAAAAUCAUUAUGUGCCCGUUAAUGUCGGCAAUUACUUAUAUCGAUGAAGAUAAAUCGUUCCGUACUUUUAGAUUUAGUACCUUGGAACAGCACGGAUGUUUAGCUGGGUUGUUUGAUAAAAUACGAUACGCUUACGAUAAAAUCUCUAUACUUAUAGAAAAUGCAUCUAAAGGAUAAGUCUUAUUAUUAAUUUAUAUUUUUUUUUCAAUGUUUGUAUCUACUUUCGUUUUAUAUACGGUUUUCUAUUUCUGGAUUUGUACCAUUUCAUCCAAUAUUUUCCAUGUGUGCCUUAACACUAUCAUGUUGGCUGGCAUUGUAACAAUGUGCUGGAUGUUUAGUUAUAUAAAAACCUUAACCUAUACUAUAAUAUACUUAUUUUAUUUAGUUAUUGUCUCAUUUGUUUAGUUUGUUUUAUAAUAUAACAUAGUUAAUAGUUGAACUGAUUUGAACAUAUUUAGUUAUUUAAGAUUGCGUUUUGUAGCUCAUAAAUGUUCUCCAUAAAAUAAAUUUUUCCACUAUUUAGUUUUGAGUUUUGGCCUUCCCUAACAUGUCUCAAAAUCAAAAAUAAUGAAGGUUCUGUUCCUAACCAUCCAACAUCCAACGAAGGUACUAUUCAGGUUUUUGUUUUCAAUAAUAAUUAUUUUAACAAUAUAACACAAAAGUAUAAAUAGAAAAAAAAAGCUAAUAAUUAAUUUUAAACAAAAGUAAGCGAUUCUUCUCUAUACGGAGUUAUAGAAUGUAAAUUUCUCAAACUAUGACUCCCUUCCAGUAAUCUGUGAUGGCUUCUCGAUUCUUCCGCUAACAUAACGCCACGCCUUGGAUUGUUAAGGUUCAGUACCCAAUCCUUUUUUCGGUUCCUCAAUAAACUCCUAGAAAACUCGGACAAUUUUUCCUUUAUUUCAGGCAAUUGAUCCAACAUUUUCCAUAAUACUUUGUGCUUCAACACUAUCAUCUUGCACGGAGAUAUUGCUGUCAUUGUAACAACGUGCGGGAUCUUUAGUAUUACUGCUAUGUCCCCGUAAUAAGC